AUGUGUAAUACAUGUAACUCCCUGCCCCCCGCGUCACGCAGUGUUCCUACCCCUCUGCCCUCCUUGCCCUCCUACCCCUCUGCCUGCAGUGUUCCAGUGGUAGGGCGAGUGCUCCAGUGGUCGGGCGAGGUGCACUCGGUGCACAAGGUCAGCGCGGCUGAGUGCGCUGCAUGCACGUUUGUCAAGGCGAAGCAGCUCGUGCGCAACCGCAACUACGGGAGCAGCUACUGGUACAAGGCGGUUGGAACGGAAAGGACUGCAGCAACACGACAGACCACUAGCCUGUUUUCGAGUGUUCCAGUGGACGGGCGAGGUGCACUCGUGUUCCAGUGGACGGGCGAGGUGCACUCGGUGCACAAGGUCAGCGCGGCUGAGUAUGCCGCAUGCACGUUUGUCAAGGCGAAGCAGCUCGCACGCAACCGCAACUACGGGAGCUACUGGUACAAGGUGAACUGGAGGGAGUACGGCAAGACCAUCUACUUCAGCAGCAAGGCCAACAAGGACUGCAGCCUCGGGAUCAAGGUGGCGUUCAGUGUCGGGUCGUAA